CGGGACCCUUAGGUCUACGCCAGCAACUGUUACAGCGCCGUGGAGGAGCGGGCUGCCGCUUCCGGAGCUCCGAAGGCCUGAGCUCUUGUCUUUUUCCAAAAGAGAAGUCCAGAGGACAACUGGUCCUUUUCUGCGAAUAUCAAAGCCAUGGCUCAGGAGUCAGUGAUGUUCAGUGAUGUGUCCAUAGACUUCUCUCAGGAGGAGUGGGAAUGCCUGAAUGAUGAUCAGAGAGAUUUAUACAGAGAUGUGAUGUUGGAGAAUUACAACAACCUGGUUUCAAUGGGACAUUCUAUUUCUAAACCAGAUGUGAUCUCCUUCUUGGAGCAGGGGAAGGAGCCCUGGUUGGUUGACAGAGAAGUAACAGGAGGCCAGUGUCCAGUCCUGGGAUCAAGAUGUGAAACCAAGAAAUUAUUUCUGAAGAAGGAAAUUAAUGAAAUAGAGUCAGCCCAGUGGGAAAUAAUGGGAAGACUUACAAGACAUGACCUUCAGUGCUCUAGUUUCAGAGAUGAUUGGGAAUGUAAUGACCACUUUGAGAAACAACAUGGCUCUCAGGAGGGACAUUUCAAUAAACCAGAAUACACCCAUGAAGGCGUGCCCACUUUUAGUCAGCAUCCAUCUUUUACAUUACAGCAAAUCAGUCAUAAUAAAGAGAAAUACUGUACACCUAAGGAUUAUAGGAAAACCUUUAGACAUGAUUCACAGCUUACUACACAUCAGAUCAUUCAUACAGUUGAAAAACCCUAUGAAUGUAAAGAAUGUGGAAAGUCUUUUAGACAUCCUUCAAGACUCCGUCAUCAUCAGAAAAUUUAUACUGGCAAGAAACCCUUUGAAUGUAAGGAAUGUGGAAAAACCUUUAUUUAUGGCUCAGACCUUACUCGACAUCAGAGAAUUCACACAGGUGAGAAGCCCUAUGAAUGUAAGGAAUGUGGAAAGGCCUUCAGUAGUGGCUCAAACUUCACUAGACAUCAGAGAAUUCACACUGGUGAGAAGCCCUAUGAAUGUAAAGAAUGUGGGAAGGCCUUUAGUAGUGGCUCAAACUUUACUCAACAUCAGAGAAUUCAUACGGGAGAGAAACCCUAUGAAUGUAAGGAAUGUGGCAAUGCCUUUAGUCAGAGCUCACAACUUAUUAAACAUCAGAGAAUCCAUACAGGUGAGAAACCCUAUGAAUGCAAGGAAUGUGAAAAGGCUUUUCGUUCUGGUUCAGACCUUACUCGACACCAGAGAAUCCAUACUGGCGAGAAACCCUAUGAAUGUAAGAUAUGUGGGAAAGCCUAUUCUCAGAGUUCACAACUUAUUGGUCAUCACAGAAUUCAUACUGGUGAGAAACCCUAUGAAUAUAGGGAAUGUGGGAAGACCUUUAAUUAUGGCUCACAACUUAUUCACCAUCAAAAUUUGUACUGGUGAUAAACCAUAGAAUAUAUGAAAUGUGUGGGAAGCCUUUUAAUUACAACUCAAAACUAUUCAACAUCAGAAAAUUAUCUUGAUGAUAAUCUUUCUAAAUACAGUAAUGUAUAAACAUGUUAUUUGUUGACUAUAGUUUACUCCACCCAAGAAAAAUGUAGGAAAAACACCCCACAAAUAAAAUACAUUUUGGAAGCUCUUCAGUAAAAUUUGUAUUUCUCUUGACAUCAGAUCUUUCAAACUAGGAAAUAUUGACAAUGACAGAACUUUUGACACCUUUAUAACCUUAAACAUCAAGAAUUCGUGCUGAAAUGUAAUCCUGUGAUUUUCAUUUUCUCCCUCCCCUCCCCAAUUUGUCUAUAGUUGCUAUAUUCUUAAUCUUUUAAUUCAUCUUAAAUUUAUAUGACUGUAA